AGAGGGGUUAAUUGUAACUUGAUAUGAGUCGUGUGCAUUGGUACGUUUGUGAACGUGUGCACAAAAGAAGAGAUGUUCAGUCUUGAGUGAAUGGACAUCAGUGUCACAAGUCACGACUGUCUUGCUGUGACUGAGUGAACUUGGAGUUUUCAAGGUAAGACAUUGAGAAGGUAUGUGACUAUUCAUUAUAGAUGUUUCAAUGUUUUCUGAAUUUGUGGUCAACAAAAAUUCUUAUGUUGAAGAUGAUGCUCCACUCUCUACUUGGAAUCUUGUGCUUGAUCUCUGCAGUUUUCUGUUUGAGGCAGCCGUCCGAUGAUUACUGGAAUGAGUAUGGUCCGUACAGCGCCUGCAGCCGCACAUGUGGCACCGGAGUAGCUGUGAGAACCAGGGUCUGCAACACCAUGAGGACGGAUGGUGGACACAAUUGCGUGGGACCAUCCAACUCCUACAAACUCUGUAACAUACAGGAAUGCCCUGUUGGAGCUCGAGAUUUUCGUGAGGAACAGUGUUCUCAGUUUGACCGAAUGGAGUUCCAUGGAAAACGUUACACCUGGCAGCCAUAUUAUGGAGCUUCAAACCCAUGUGAGCUGGUGUGUGUGCCCAGAGGAGAGAACUUCUACUACCGUCACAGACCCGCUGUGGUGGACGGCACACUGUGCUACGUGGGCCGCAGAGACGUCUGUGUGGAGGGUGUCUGCAGAGCAGUGAGCCAUGGGGAGAUUGUGGCUUUUGAGGAUCACUCUCUUCCGGUCACCUCUAGACAUGUCCCAGGGGCUGCUGCCCAUCUGGACACAUACAGGUACACAUACAGCACCUAUUCCGAGUGUUCUCGUCACUGUGGUGGGGGCGUGCAGACCCGUACUGUGUACUGUAUUAAUGAGAGAACAUCAGCAAUGGUAGAUGAAUCUUACUGCAGUGCACAAGGCCUAAGGAAACCAAUCUCCCAGGUGGCCUGCAACCAGCACCUUUGUGCCGAGUACAGUGUUGGUCCUUUUGGUGAUUGUUCAGUGACGUGUGGUGAGGGACAGCAGACGCGGGAGGUGUUCUGCAUCGGUGGCGGAGGAGAGCGUGUCCCUGAGCACCACUGCAGGGGUGUCACACGUCCACAAGAGAUCAGAUCCUGUCAGAGACCAGCUUGUCACCAAGUUUUUAGAUACUACACCAAUGAUUUUAGCUUGUGUACCCGUAGCUGUGGAACUGGUACUCGCGAGCGCAGAGUGGUAUGCAUGGAUUUGGAUCACAAUCAAUAUGCAGAUGAUAGAUGUGCUUCUCUCAGCAGACCUCAUGCCGUGGAGAACUGCAACACACAGGCCUGUCCUGGAGCACAAAUGGUGCCCAGCUUGCAGGACCCUAGUGCUUACGAGAGCUCCUUGCUUGGAUUUGUGCCUCACACCCAGGAUGCAAUCUCAGUUCAGAGACCAAGCGAUCCAUACCCUAUUGUGACUGGCCCGCAUUGUGCCCAGUCAUAUUACGGCUGCUGUCCUGAUGGCCACACUGCUGCCUCUGGGCCUCGUGGAGAAGGCUGUGCCCUUGAUGGCUGUCACAGGUCCAGAUAUGGCUGCUGUCUGGAUGGAGUAACAGCUGCUCUUAGUUUUGGAAGAGCAGGAUGUCCUAAUAGGGACUACAGUCCAAUCCGUCAACCUUCUGCUAGUGUGUGCUCUUUGGGACGAGAUGUUGGGCCCUGUUAUGAAUGGACAUCUCGUUUCUACUUUGAUCUUUCCUCUGGCUCUUGCUCGCAUUUCUGGUUUGGGGGUUGCCAAGGAAAUGGCAAUAACUUUGUAUCCAAACAGGAAUGUGAGCAGACAUGUAAGGCUUCUGCCAGAGGCCUUGCCCCAAGAGAACCAACAACCAGGAGAGGGAUCAACGGGGUCAGAGGCUAUAGAAUGAGAUCCCGUGCAUAAAAGGUUAAAAAAAGGGUCAUUUCAAUCCCACAACAAACAAACCAAACUUAAACAUGAAGACAAAACAACAAUGUAUUCAAAUGUGCACACAACAAUUUUGCGCUGGCUAAUAUGAAAGGCAUCUUGGGUUUAUAACAUUUAUUGAUAUUAAUUUAUGAAAAAAUAUUGAGUGCCCCCUCAAGCUUUUUAUUGUAGUUUAAGAUAAACACAUUUACUUUAAAGUAUCAAGCAUUAAAACAGCAAGUAAUUAUUAUUAUUUUUACAUAUUUCAAAAUCAACUGUUUCAUCAAUUUCAUGAAAAUAAAUUUGCUGUUUAGAAUUAAGCUAAAAUCAUUUCCCUUUCUCUUUAUGUUUCUAUAUCCAUACAUCCAUGUACUUCAAAUGUAUACUCGUGCUAAAC